AUGGAGAAGGAGUCAAAGACGUCGACUACUCGCUGUCCUUGCUGUGGAGGCAUUCAAAAUGUCUCUUGCAAGCCUAAGCUGGAUCCAUUACCUCAUAGAUGCGCUAGGAUGGGGAAUAAAGAGGCGCUUUGUGGGCUGAUGAUGUCAGGAGUGGAUGUGAAUCUGAUCUCGGAGGUGGAUUAUGCUACGCCUUUACAUAGAGCGGCGGAGAGUGGGUCGGUUGAGUGUGCGCAAGUCCUGGUAGCCCACGGAGCUUUAUUAAAUUUAACUGAUUCAUCAGGUAAAACAGCUUUGCAUAUUGUAAGAAUUAAACAUAGGCAGCUGAGAGCGGACAUGUCAAUUUUGUAGGCUUCUUAUUAGAAAAAAAUGCUAAAAAAUUAUGUCGCAGAGGCUGCAGAAAGUGCUCAAUGUUUUGUAAAUUAGUAUUGAGGAAAAAGCAAAAAGAAGAUGAGUCUAAAAAUGUCAGCCCAGCUCAUCAUAUAAAUGAUGAUGAAGAAGAGGAAGGAAAUGGCUAGUGUUUUAUUAAUUUUAAUGCUGAAUUUUAGCAAUUUUUACUUUACUAAUAAUCCUAAAACCAAAAUUAUUAAAAAAUUGUUAAUUUUUAUGUGACCAGAAAAUGACCUUGACAAGCUUGACUUUAUGGCAGAGCUUGAAAAAUUAAGACCAGCAUUGGGAAACAUAUGUGUGAGUAAAGAAGGUGAAAUCAUCACUAUCUAA